AUGCUUCGCACUUCCGUCAUCCGGGGCGCCAACAGCCUUGCUGCUGCUGCCAGACCCUCAGCCCCCCGGUGCCUCGUUCAGCAGACCCGUCAGGCCCACGCCAUCUCCAACCCGACCUUGGCCGACAUUGAGAAGCGAUGGGAGACUUUGCCCCCUCAGGAGCAGGCUGACCUGUGGAUGGCUCUCCGGGAUCGCAUGAAGGCCGACUGGCACGAGCUCACCCUCCAGGAGAAGAAGGCCGCUUACUGGAUCGCUUUCGGUCCUCACGGCCCCCGCGCCCAGACCCCCCCUGGUGAGGGUAAGAAGGUCUUCCUCUACACCAUGGCCGGUAUUGGUGCCACUUUCGCGCUGUGGUUCGGCGUUCGCGCCUUUGCCAAGGGCGAGACCCCCAGAACCAUGACCAAGGAGUACCAGGAGGCUUCGAACGAGUUCCUCAAGAGCCAGAAGUCCGAGCCCAUCAGCGGUUUCUCCGCGGAGGGCUACGAGGGCAAGGGCAUGAUCCAGAGCCCUCCCGAGAGCAAGGCCUAA